AUGGAACCUUCAAGAUUCCUUCUUCUGUUAUGUAUGUGGAUGGUGAUGUUGAAAUCACGUGCUGAUCUCCCCGGCACGUGGGAACUACUGGUGGACGACGCCAGAAUCGCCUCCAUGCACACCGUCGUUACCCGGUUCAACACCGUCGUCCUUCUUGACCACACCAAUUACAGCCCUAAUUCCAAAGCUGACUGCCAAUUAGACCCGGAACAUCCCGUUUUCAAACCCGACUGCUAUUCCCAAUCUUCCAUUCUCGAUCUUACAACCAAAAAGGUCCGACCAUUGUUCACCACCCUCACCGAUACAUGGUGUUCUUCAGGACAGUUUAUGCCGGACGGAAUCCUCCUGCAAACCGGCGGCUUCAAUGAUGGGUUCCAAAAGAUACGUAAGUUCACUCCAUGCGAGGGUAUAGAGUCGUGUGAUUGGGAAGAACUUGAUGAUAAAGUAUUAGCAGAAGGUAGAUGGUAUGCAAGCAAUCAAAUACUACCCAACGGAUCAGUGAUCAUCGUUGGUGGUCGUGGCGCCAAUAGUGUUGAGCUUUUUCCUUCACAAGGUGGCGGAGCUUUGAAUUUCCCAUUUCUUGCAGAAGCAGAAGAUAUCCAGUCCGACAAUAUUUACCCUUACGUUCAUCUUCUUCCCAAUGGCCACUUGUUUGUGUUCGCCAACAAUAUAUCAGUGUUAUACGAUUACACGAAUAACGUUAUACUGAAACGAUACCCUGCAUUGAUCGGUGGCCCACGUAAUUACCCCUCCGCAGGGUCAUCGGUGAUGCUUCCAUUGAGAGGGGAUUACCUUACAGCCACCGUCGUCAUCUGUGGUGGAGCACAAUAUGGAGCAUUCCAUGAACGGAAGACUAAUGCCACAGCUCGCAGGAGCUGCGCUCGGAUCGAAGCAACCGGAGAAGACCCAGUUUGGGAAUUGGAAGCGAUGCCAUUUGCUCGGAUUAUGGGAGAUAUGGUGAUUCUUCCUGCCGGUGAUGUUUUGAUUAUAAACGGAGCAGAAGCAGGUAGUCAAGGGUUUGAAUUAGCAACAAAACCUUGUUUAUAUCCAGUUCUUUAUAAACCAGAUGAAUCCAAGGGUCUUCGUUUUGUGACGUUAACCCCUACUUCAGUGGCUAGAAUGUAUCACUCAACGGCUAAUCUUCUUCCCGACGGGAGGGUUCUGGUCGCCGGAAGUAACACACAUGAUUUCUACAACUUAACAGCUGAGUUCCCUACAGAAUUAAGGAUCGAAGCUUUUUCGCCGGACUAUUUGACACCGGAGAAAGCUGAUGUUAGACCGACAAUCGUCGAGUUGCCGGAAAGGAUACAGUACGGCGGAGGUUUCGAUAUAUUGGUGAGUGGGAAGUUUCUGGAGGUGAGGCUGAUGGAGGUGAAUAUUGCGAGUGCACCUUUUGUUACGCAUUCUUUCUCACAGGGGCAGAGGCUAGUGAAGCUAACAGUGACAGUGUCAGCGGCGGAGGAUCCGGAGGAUGAAGUGGGGUUGUAUAGAUUAACAUGUACGGCGCCACCGGACGGAAGGGUAGCACCGCCGGGAUAUUACAUGGUGUUUGCCGUUAACAUGGGUGUACCAAGUGUCGCAAAAUGGGUGCAGUUGCUUUAA